CCUAACACGUAAAUAUAGUCGCGCAUCUAGUUCCCUUUGUCUUGAAAAGUUAGGGGUACUUCACAAACCACCAUUUAUUAAUGUUGUAGGAACCAUCCACUAGAUCUCCCCUGGAUUUAGCAAAAAGAACAACACUGGCGCGCUUAGUUUUCAAUGUACAUAAUUUGCUGAAGUAAUAUCCAAAUAUAGCAGCAGACAUUUGCAGCAAUGGACAGGAACUAUAUACAGAAAAGUACCACUGUUGAAGACAAAUGGGAGUGGAACAACGUGAUCUUCGAAGGAGAACAUACAAGUGGUAUUUCAUGGCCGAAAAGAAAUUACACAUGCAGCUUUUGCAAGAGAGAAUUCAGCUCUGCUCAAGCACUCGGGGGACAUAUGAAUGUUCACAGGAGAGAUAGAGCCAGGCUAAAACAGCUGCCUUCUUGGUUUUGUGAUUGUCCAAAACCUCAUUCCAUGUCUAACCCUAAACCUUUACCUUAUCCCUCAUCCAAGUUCUCUCCGUAUCCUGAUCACACUCAUGAUCACUCCUUGCUCUCUCCACUCCUCGCUUCUUUCUCUUCACCUUCUUACCCAGAAAAGAAAUCCAUAGCUGAAUGUCCUCAGAGUAUAAAUUCAACAAGGAAGAUAAGCGAUAUGAGAGCUGUGGUUGGGGUUGGAGAAUUGAAGAAGAAUUUCGUACAAGAUGGUGAUCAGCUUAAAGUUUCGAGGACAAGUGGGAUUAUUAGCUUGGACUUGGGAAUGAGAUGUGAAGAUCCGAAGGAGGUUUUGGAUUUGGAGCUUCGACUUGGCUGUUUUUAGUAAAAAAAAAACAUGAGUACUGUCGAUUAAUAUCCACUCUGUGUCCACACCAGUAGCUGGAUCUUUGGUUCUAUCUCUAAGCAGCCUCAGCUUGUUUGCAUCUGCCAUGCAUGAUCUUUGCCUUCUUCGUAAUCUACCAUACAUUACUAAAGCGCAAUGCUGUUUAUGUAUGGCUUUAAUAUUCA